UCUCUCUCUGGCCAGAAGAGGAGGAGGAGGCGUGGAGGCUACAAGUGCUUCUGGAGCGAAGGACCAGCCCAGGAGGAUGGGGCAGAUUGAAAAGAAAUGCAUGUCCAAAGGAAUUUGCUUAAUUAAGUAGCGGCUGGAACAGAAUCAUGGAAGGAACAGUGGCUAUAGAAAGUGGAGAAGAGUGCUUGAGAAGUUCCUCCAUGUGCCUUGCUACUGCUGAGGGAUGGUGAAGUUCUGAUCAACCACUUCUGCUUCUCAAUGGCCAGUAGGGGUUUCCUGGAGUGGUGCUCCCAUGGCAUGUGUGGAACUUCUGUACCUUACCAGGGAGAACAGUCAGAUGAAAAGGUGCCACAGCACAGACUGGCAUUUGUACAGUCCCCCAUGUCAGGGGCAACCCAAUGAAAGGGACAGACAGACUAAAACACUAACCAUGGAGGCUGAAUACUAUGAAACGCACAGCAAGACCAUACAGAGGGUGCCCCAAGAAGACAUGCUUUCCUUUGCUGCUGCAUCAUCGCUAACCUUGGAGGUUACUGGUGAACUUGCCUGUCAUCCCAGCCCCCCAAGAGAAGAAAAAGAGAGGAUCCAGAAGAGAGCCUGUUGCUGUGAAUCAGAGACCUCCUUCACAUGUGUUGAUGAGAAUGUCAACAAUCUAGACUACAUGGGAAGCCCAACCCACCAGAGCUGCUGCCAAGACCCGGAUCUCCUUAUCCAUCCUGAUCCUUGUGAAGAGAUGGCCCAUGACUGGCCAUCUCUUGAUCCAGCCUCAUUGGUUUCUGAGGAAGAUGACGAGGUUGGCUCAGAAACUUCUGGUGGCAAGUCCAUUGAUUAUGGCUUUGUCAGCGCCAUCUUCUUCCUGGUGACUGGAAUUUUGUUGGUGAUCAUUUCCUACAUAGUUCCCCGAGAUGUGACUGUGGACCCCAGCACAGUGGCAGCGAGGGAGAUGGAGCGACUGGAGAAUGAGAGUGCCAAGGUUGGGGCUCACCUGGACAGGUGUGUGAUUGCAGGGCUCUGCCUCUUGACCCUGGGGGGCGUUGUGCUCUCCAGUUUGCUCAUGAUGUCAAUGUGGAAAGGCGAACUCUACAGGAGUCACCGGUUCAUGGCCUCCAAAGAAUCAGCCAAACUGUAUGGCUCUUUCAAUUUCCGAGUCAAAUCCUCUCCAAACGAUAACAUGGAGCUAUCACUGGUGGAGGAGGAAGCUCUUGCCAUAGAUAGCUGAUACUCCGAGGCUGUGAAAUAAUGGGAGUGGAGGGGUUAAUUGAAACCAAUUAUAUUUAAAGCAGCUGGCAAUGACUAUAAGAAGCAUCUUUUCCUAGAAGAUUAAAAUGGGAAGUGUGCAUUAUAUAGACAUGUAUUCUUGGGCAGCAAACCAAAUAAUAAUAAUAAUAAUAAUAAUAAUAAUAAUAAUAAUAAUAAUAAUAUUCAAACUAAUCUAUAAUAUCUAGUUUGAAUUAACACCUGACCGAGAGUGACUCCCACAGAGCUUUUGAAAAAUGUUCAGCAGCUGAAAUCCUAAGAACAUGACCUUGGAAAUAAGUGCCACUGAAAUUGGCAUUAUUCAGGACUAGUUAAUGUAUUUGAGGGGCUCCUUCUUCACCAAUGGGAGCUUUCAUGUGGGUGGGCUUACCUCAGAGCCUGGAAAGUAACAUUUGAGAAGAAUGAAUAUAAUGGCAUGCUGGAUCCCAGAACAUUAUCCUGUCACAGUUGAGUCAUGGAUAGGUAGCUUCACCAUGUCGCUAUAGUCAUUCUUCUUAAAAGUCACCUUCCAAGUUGGUGGUAAUAGGACCAGAGUAGCAAUACUAGGGUUACUGUCACCAUCAGGCAACACUCAAAUGGGGAGUUCGGAGCAGCCAUUUUAUUUUUCCACUGUACAGAUUUCAUAGUGUUAUGGUUUUUUUAUAGCACUAUGGGAUGUUUAAAUGCUGGCUCCCCAGUGGGAGUGACCAUUUUAAUUUUUCACAACCCCUCAUAAUGCUAUUAUAUUGGGGGCAUUGUAGGAAAUUGAAAUAGCCUUAUAGUCAGAGAUGGGGUGAGAUGGGGCUGUUGUUUAGUGAGAGUCACACCAUGCUGAAGUUGCCCUGGAUGCUGAAGGACACUGGAGGACACUGGAAGGUGCUGACAAAAGCCCUGCUAGGAGAUUGUUUGGAGACUGCAGGAUUGAUUGGUUACUUGCACGUGAGAAUCAGUAAUGCCAGACUGACAUCUCAUCACUUCAGUGCAAUGUUUUUCUAUGAAAGUCAGUUGGCAUAUUCAGCUGCAGGUUGUCUUGUGUUUAAUAACCAAGGGCAAAGGUUUCCAGUGAUGUUUAUUUCUUAUUUCUUAUUUAUUCUAUUAAACUAUUUAUAUCCUGUCCUAUAUCCUUAGAUUUCAGGGUGGUGUACAAGUAAAAUCAUAUAACUUAAAAUAAUUCAACAUUUUAAAAAAAUAAAAUCAUUUAAACAGAAUGAGAGCCAGUGUGGUGUAG